AUGGGCAACACCGUCAUCUAUAACGAGGAAACAGACUACAUCACCGUCAAAGAUGGCGAUACGACAAUCCGCGACGAACCCGCAAUGAACUAUAAAGGUCUUUCAAUCGCUCAACAGUUUCUCUCUGAAAUAAACCCCUCAGAUAAAGAGAUCCCUACAGACUACAAAAGCAUACGCGAAGCUCUAGCUCCCAAGAACUCCAAAAUUGAGCAAGUACCCCCUCCUUGGCCAACUUCGCGUCACCUAACAUUACAUAGGUUGAAGGUUUUCAGAAGACUCGUCGCGGUUGAUGGGUUGAACAUGGCCGAUACGGCGGUGGAUGUUCAGUUCCAGUUUUGCUCCAACGGUACACUCGAUGAUCUGGACGCGGUAUUUCAGAAAGAGCAAGCUGAGUUCCUCGCAACUCCUGAUUGCGCAUUCCUCGUCGAGGCAUUGGAAAAGAUCAAGCAAGAUAAAAGAUUGAAGAUUACAAACGUUAUGAUCUUGGGAAGUGGUAGUAUGGAUACACCAUUUGUCGAUCCUGAACUUCAUACUCAACUCCAAAUGGACUUCUACAAGGACCUGGACACGGCACGCGCGGCCAAACAAAUCGCAGCCACUAUCAAAAUCAGUGAGGACCUAGGAGGUAACUGUUCACAAUCCCCAUGAGCUCAAUACAUGUAUCAAGCGAAUUCAUCUGACUUGUAAACAGAGCCCGGAAACCCCCUUCCCAUCAGCGCUCAAGAAAUUGUUUACUCGAACCUCGAAAAGGAUUUCCUUUCCACCAAACUUGGUAUUACCGUCUUGGACGACCCCGACGCCAUUUCUCUCAUCAACAACGGCACACUCAUAUUCGCUGCGGGAGCACCAUAUAACCUCUUCUACUGGAUUAGCCAAGGUAAAUGGCCAGGCGCGAUGAUAACCACCAACUUAAAUCCCGCACGCUUAGCUCGUCACUUUACACCCGCCAUAUGUACAGAGAUGUCCUGGAUGUGGGGACAUUACGACGGCUUUUUUAUUUCUAAUCGAGUUUACAUUGAAGAAGGUGGGAAUGUUACACCAGUGGAGAAUGCGAGAGGAAUGUCAACGUUUUGCGCUUGGGCAUAUCAUGACUUUCUGUGGGUCAAUCGAUAUGACUAUCGGAAUUGGGCGCCUAUGGUUGAGUUGGUACAAGCUCUUCACCGUGGGGAGCUCAAGCCCGUUAAGAGUUAUUACUUUCCGGAUGGGCUCACCAGUGAUGAUAUGCUUCGGCCGGCUGAACAGGACUCGGGGGAACGGGUUCAAGAAGAUUCCACUGGACAUGCAGAGGAAGUGCCAGAUGGACUGAUUGAGGAGGACCCAGAUAAACUGGCUGGAGAUGCUUCUGAUGAAGUAGCUAAAAUCGAUUCAGAUAUAUUGGCUAAAGAUGAUUUGGGUGGACUUGCUGAAGGAAAUCAGAGGGAUGUCGAUUUUCGCGAGCCUGAUUCAAAGUAA